AUGUUAAGAAGAUAGAGUAUUUCAAGAGAUUUUGAGAUUUCAGAAAUCUCAAAACUAAAUGCUUUGCUAUUUAAAAGAAGCAAGAGAAGUUAUGUAUAAUAUAAGACAACAUAAGAAUGAAAUUGAGAUAAAGAAAAAUUAAAUUAACUUCUAUUUUUCAUAAAUUAGCUUUUUAAUGAUAGGCAGUAAUUUGUAAAAGACAAUCUAAAUUAUUAAUACUCUGACAAUAAUUAUAUAUUGAAGUUGAAAAUAUUCAAUUCCUAAAAAAUAGAAUUACUUAAUAAGAUAAUAAGAUAUUUAAUGUUUAAUAAUAAAAAUAAUAUCAAUUAAAAGAAAAAGAAUAAUAACUUUAAAUAAUGUUCAUCUUGUUUAAAAUAGAAGAAAAGUAUAUAUAAAAAGAUGAAAUUGAUUAAGAAUUAUUAAUUUUGGAAAUGUAUGAAGAUAAAUGGAAGGAGAGAGUUGAGGAAAAAAUUACAAAAAUUAAAGAAGUAUAAUAAAAACUUAAAAUAAUGA